AUGCUACAAGGCUCAAAUAUCUUGGGGCACGAGAGGCCCCUGGUCAUCAGGGUGUCAUUCACCACCUGUGUUCUGGGUACUGUGUGCCUCCCGCUGUUUGGACUCAUCACUUGUGUCUUCAUAUCCUCUGUUUUUCAUUUUGAGGACUCUACUGGUACACAUUGCCAGGUUCCUAAUUACCUGCCAUCUAUCAGUGCCUCAAUAAGCCUGAGUCCUGAGUGCCACAUAUGGCGGUUCUGCAUUGGGCUGCACUCAGCACCGAGGUUCCUGGUGGCGUUUACCUACUUCAGAUUUUACAAGAUGCGUUUCGCCUCGAGGUUCCCUGAGAGUCCACUCAGCUGCUUGAACUUGGCCUUUUCUAUUUCUGAGAACCUCGGCCUCUUGCUCCUCACAUAUGUAUCAUCCAGUGAAACAUACUUUGUACAUAAGGAAGGUUUUGUCCUCUUCAUUAUCAGCUCCCUUAUCUACAUGCUGAUCACCUGCCGUUUAUGGAAGACUAUUAAGAAGUAUUCAUUAAGUCCUGACGAUGCCAAGUCUCACCAUUGGAAAGUGCGUUUCUUACUUCUCAAUGUUUCCUUCUGUGCUUUUGCUGGGUUCUUUUAUUGGAAACACAACAUGUACUGUGAAUCAGGGAGUUAUACACUUUUUGCCCUGUUUGAGUAUCUAGUGGUCUUCUCCAACAUGGCCUUCCAUCUCACAGCAGUGUGGGACUUCAAGAGCCGGGAGGUCAUGGUCAUUUCAUCGUCUGAAGAUAAAGACUUCUGACUAGAAACUCCAGGACUAAGUGCUAAAUGCACAACCACUCAACCACCUGAUCAGAACGGCCUUGGUCCUGCUCAAGAGGAAGAGUGGGAUGAAGGCCUUUUCCAUAUAUUUCCAUAA